CCCUGGCAACCAAAGAUACACUCAGGACAUAGCAGGUCGCGUCCAGGCUCAAACUUCGGUCAACAUCACGGUGUCACAGUCAUCCGCUCGUCAUUGUCUCGGCGCUGCUCCGACUUGGCCAUGGUAAAACUAGAAGAUGUGAGCAGCAGUCUGCUGCAGAAGCCAUCCAAUUCAAAUGAUAGCGAGAUUCCACUGGAAAGGAGGCAAUCGAGCUAUAAGUCGCUCAAGACGUUUGCAUUAGACAAGGAAAAACAAUAUCAACAGCAGUAUGGGGACAUGUACUUCCUCAGGCUCACCAAGAUCAAGCCGGCCGUGGAGGAGAUAGCAUCCACCGCCUUUGGUGACCUGGUAAUUGGUGGCGAGCCGGCCAGGCAGGUGCCUCGUGUGCUUGAUGUCAGGCAAGGAGAGCUCUGCUGGGUUGCAGGCACCGUCUACAUGGACAUGCCACUCAAGCCUAGCAUUCUGGAGGACGUAGCCAAAGAUCGUUGGAUAUCCGCACCCACAUCAGUCCAGAAAUACUUCUCAAAAGAUGGCCGAGACUCGAUUCUCCUUGAGGAUGACUCAGGGCGCGUGCGUCUGGUGGGGGAUAUACUCAAGUCCGUUGUCUUGGUGACGGGCUGCAUCAUUGCAGUGAUGGGCACUGAAAACGCAAGUGGCGAGUUCGAGGUUAUUGACCUGAAAUUCCCUGACCUCGCACCCCAACCAGAACGAUGGUCCCUCUCAAAACCGGCAGAUGACGACGUGGAGAUGGGCAACGGUGGCUACUCCAGUAACCGAGGCAAGACUGCCAUACUAUCUGGUCUGAACUUCUCGAGUACGGAUACGUCGUAUGCUAUGGAGUUGAACCUUCUUUUGGAGUAUCUCCUUGGCGAUGCACUCGACCCAAUCGCUCAAAAGGAUAUAUCGCAGAUUAGCCGUCUUAUUGUGGCAGGCGACUCGAUCUCGCCGGAUACCGGCAAACCUGCAGCCGAGGAGGAAGUGGCAGGGAAGAAGGUUCACAAGAAGUACGGCUAUGAUGCCAGCUCAUACAAUCCCAUCCCCUCGCAGCUCCUCGACGAAUUCCUUUCGGAGUUGCUGCCGACGAUACCCGUUACCUUCCUCCCAGGAGCACACGAUCCCGCCAACGCCAGUUAUCCCCAGCAGCCCAUCCACCCGGCCAUGUUCACGAAGUCGAGAACGUAUAGCGCCCUCCCCGGGCCGACUGCCGAGCCAGGCUGGUUUGACACGGUGACGAACCCCUGGGAGGGUGAGGUUGAAGGAUGGAGAGUGCUGGGAACGAGCGGACAAAACGUUGAUGAUGUUUUCAAGUAUGUCGAUAGCGACGACCGACUUGGCAUGAUGGAGGCCAUGUGCCGUUGGAGAUGCUCAGCACCGACGGCGCCUGAUACGCUUUGGAGUUACCCUUUCCAGGACGAUGAUCCUUUUGUGAUGAACCAAUGCCCCCAUCUUUACUUUGUCGGCAACCAGCCGGAGUUUGGGACCAAGACCAUUACAGGAACGGAAGGUCAGGAAGUGCGUCUGAUCACCGUGCCGACAUUUUCAGCAUCACGCGAGCUUGUGUUGGUCGAUAAUGAGACUCUGGAGGUUACAAGAGUCAAGAUAUCGGCUACUUGAUGAUGCAAUAUUAAAAUUACAUAGAGUUGCUUCACUAGCGAGCAAUGACUUGGAGGACACGAAGAUACCCAUUACAUUGCUAAUCCCGUAUUCAUUGCAUAAGAUUUGUAGGAAGUUCUGGUCAUAAUCGGAGAGUAUGCAGGAAACUAAUACUUCCUUCGCCUUCGUACAUAGAAUGGAUCGAGGCUUUGCAGUCAUGCUGGAUGAAAUUUGGAGACGGCCCUUUCGAAUCGAUGCUCUGGAAGCUUUUUGUACCCGACUUCAUUCGAUUGGCACCGGUAGGUAAGAUAUGUAGACGAUAUACCUCUC